GUACAACUAAAGAGCGAUACCAGCAGAUCUUUUGCCCUGAAAGUGUUGAAGAAGCGUCACAUCAUGGACACCAGCCAACAGGGCCACAUCCUGUCUGAGCGCCGCAUCAUGGUGGAGGCUCACAGUCCCUUCAUCAUCAGGUUGUAUCGGACUUUCAGAGACUCCAAAUAUCUGUACAUGCUGCUGGAGGCGUGCCUGGGAGGAGAGCUGUGGACGCUGCUCAGAGACAGAGGAUCUUUUGAUGACGGCAUGACUCGGUUCUACACCGGCUGCGUGGUCGAGGCUCUGGCCUUCCUGCACUGCAGAGGAAUCAUCUACAGAGACCUGAAGCCUGAGAACAUCAUCCUGGACCAGCGGGGAUACGCCAAGCUGGUGGACUUUGGCUUUGCUAAGAAAGUGGGUCUGGGUAAGAAGACGUGGACAUUUUGUGGGACUCCAGAGUACGUGGCCCCUGAGAUCAUCCUGAAUAAGGGCCACGACAGCUCUGCAGACUGCUGGUCUCUGGGAAUACUGGUCUUUGAGCUGCUCAGUGGCAG